AUGUUUGCUGAUGAUGGUUCAGAUGAGGAGCAGCCGAAUUACAUUAUUAAUUCUGAUGGUGAGCAGGAAGAGGUUGGUAAUGAAUUCAACCCCGAAACAGACAUAAAGAGGCCUGUUCUCAAGUUAGGCAUGAAGUUUGGUAUGGUUCAGAUAUUAAGGGAUGCUUUGAGGGAGAUGGCCAUACAAGGUGGCUGGGAAUAUGUUUUUAUCAAAAAUGACAAAAGCAGGUUGAGGGUUAUCUGCAAAGAGGAUGACUGUCCUUUUAAGUUGUUUGCCUCUAAAAUGCAGCAUGAGAACACACUAAUGAUCAAAAGGUACACUCCAACACACACAUGCACAAGGAAGUUUAACAACAGUAUGGUGAAAUUGAGAUAUUUAACUACAAAGUUCAAGGACCAGAUUGCCCUCAAUGGUGCAUGGAAACCAGAUUCACUUGCUAAAACAAUGUCACAAAACAUUCGAGCAAGAGUGUCAACUCAAAUGGCCUAUAAGGCCACAAGGGCUGCUUUGCUUGAAGUGGAGGGUACUAUAAGAUACCAGUUUACAAGACUCAAGGAUUAUGCCAGUGAGCUGAAGAGGGUGGAUCCAGAAACUACAGUAGACAUAAGGUGUGAUUUCAGUAACACAAGGAAUGAUCCAGUAUUCAAAAGAAUGUAUAUCUGCUUAGGAGCAUUGAAGAAUGGAAUCAAAGCUGGUUGUAGGAGUGUUAUAGGAUUGGAUAGAGCACAUUUAAAAAGCUGUUUUGGUGGCCAGCUUUUGACAGCAGUUGGAACAGAUGCAAACAACACAAGUUGGGUUGUUGCUUAUGCAAUGGUGGAAUUGGAGAGUAAGGACUCAUGGAUAUGGUUUCUUGAGCUACUGUGCAAGGAUUUGGAAAUCAAGGAAGAUGGAGCAGGUUGGGUUUUCCUAAGUGACAAGCAAAAAGGUCUCAAACCUGCUUUUGAAAAAGUGGUUCCUAGUGCAUAUAUAAGGUUUUGUAUUAGACAUAUGUGGACUAAUUUCCCAAAACUAUUUCCUGGAAAAGUGAUGAAGGAUCAAAUGCGGAAAUGUGCCAAGUCCACCACUUUGCCCUAUUAUCUAAAUGAUAUGGAGGAGAUGAAGGCACUUGAUGAGGAUGCAUACAAAUGGAUGACAGAUGAUGAAAGGCCUCCAAAACAUUGGUGUAGAGCUUUCUUCAACACAACAAGCAACUGUGACAUUAUGGACAAUAACUUGUCUGAGAGUUUCAAUAGUUGGAUUGUGGAAGUAAGGAAGAAACCACCUGUGACAAUGUUUGAAGAAAUAAGAGUCAAGAUUAUGAAGAGGAUUUAG